AUGAUGAACGGAAAAACAACGACACCUUUUUACACGCUCCUUGGAAAAAUCAAGAGAAGCAUCUUUCGGAGGAAAUUAAUGAAACAAUUCGGAAAUGAUGUGGAUGUAUUUGUUGAAAAAUUUUCAAAACCUCAAGUGUUAUCGCUUUAUCGGGAAUGGAUUCGAGAGCUGAAUCGAACGCUGCCUUUGGCCAUCCGAGAAGUGAGCAAACAGAAUUUGAGAAUCCACUUCGACGCUACCAAAGAUGACUACAGCCCCUAUUUGAUCUUAAACGAAUUGGAAGCAGGACGCUAUGCUUUGGAAUUGUGGAAAAAAGGUGACAGACAUGCACUGAAAUACGGAAUUCCAAGACAAUUUUCUGUUUAUAGGGCAAUACGUGAACAAAAACCUCCUGACAGUAACGCAUACAGAAGGUAUACACCCUUCCUCUACUCAUUGUAA